AUGUCUAGCAAAUACAGCUCCCUCCCGGAUAUCGACACCCAACCUGAUGUUUACGAGACCCUCGAUUCUUACGAGGAUGCCGAGGUCUCAGACGAUGGGUAUCCAAAUCUCGAAGAAACUAACGAGGACAUCGUUAAUGACAAGGUUUCUGUAGGUGAUGCUGUAAAUAAGUUUAAAGAAAGCACAGGCGAGAAUGCAGAAACGGAUUCCGAGAUGGCGAUCCGUCAUCGGAAACGCUUGUAUAAGCGCGCCGUUCUGGAUACAGAUGAAUAUGAAAUUGUUCCUAGAGAUCCAGAAUUGCAAGAAACGCCCCUGCAAAAAUUACGAAGAUUAAUGUUUGAAGUGCAUGAAUUGAGCGAAGAGGUCGAAAAAAAUAAGGAUGAAGUUUCUAUACAUCAACCUCCUCACUCCGCUUUUGUUUCUCAAAUAGCAA